GAUUAGGGGUCUAAUUUAGAGUAAACUGUUAAUAGUUUUAUUUUUGGAUAGCGGGGACGAGAGACGGGAUCUUCUCGGUGGGGGAUUAAAUCUCCCAACUUUGUAUAACUUUAAUAUAGCUCAGACUCUGCCAGUGCUAUUACACUGCUAACUCUCCAAGCAUAGAUAAGAUACACGUGCAAGUUAUCAAGUAUGUGGAUUGAGGUGGCUAAGUGACAAGUGCAGGGUAGUGGCGAUGGCAUCGUCCGUUGAUCGAUUGGAACGGUAGGCGAAUUGCAGUGGAUCCAGAGAUGAUUUGGAAUCAUUUUUCCUUCAUUGAUACAUCAUCUAAACACCAGGUAGCCCGGCCAGCUGAUACUUUUGUUCUUGGUCAUGGCACAGGUUACUCCAGUGCCUAGUCUGGAUUUAGAUUUCUGGCUCAAGAAAGCUCAUGAGUGGGAUCAAACGGACACAUUGGAAUCCCAGAAAGAUGUCUGCCUUCACUUGCCUAAAUUACAGGAGUUUUUGCAGCAUGCUUAUGAAACUCUAAAACAUAUGAGUCCAAAUGCAGCAGUUGAGCAAUUUCCUCCAGUCGGUCAGCUUCUUGGAAGGCUGUGCGAAAAUAAAUUUGUUUUGGGGCAUGAGGAAACAAGGAAUGCAUUAAUUUGUUGCUUGUGUUGCUUGCAAAGCAGUGAACCAAAAAGUGCUGUGGAGCUCAAAGCCAAUAGUUGGGUUCAGAACCUGCUAUGCCAUCUGUUUUGCUCAUCUGAAGCAAUCGGACAUGAGGAAUAUAAAUCUAUCGACAAAAUUGGAUGCACAACUGUUGACUAUCAUAGCAAGCUAUUGAAGAAUAUAAUCGCUUCUUGGAUAAAACAGCUCACCAAGCCAGAAGGCAGUAACUGUGAAAAUAAGCUUUCAGGAGAUUAUGUACGUGCAUUAUCCCUUAGGUGCAUCCCAAUUCUCACAUUGCCUGACCUAGUCCCUUUACUUGAAGCACUACUUAAGUAUCAUAGUUCUGAACCAAAGGAAGUUCUUGAUGAUGAGUUCUUAGACCGUAUAAAUAAUGCAAUACUGAGGAAGAAGAUAUUGCUAAGUGAAUCAGCAGUACUUAGCUUGUGGCUUCGUCAUUUGCCGAGCCUCGAAAGAGCUGUGCUGGAUCUAUUUCAGAGAUUAAUUGCCAUCCAAAGCAAAUCAUUGAAAGAAAUGGAACAGAUUAUAAAUGAUUCAGUCUUGGCUCAAGCUGCCCAGGACCCAUUCAUAUUUAGGAUUAUUGACAAUAUUUUCAGGAAUGCUAUUCUGGAGAGUGAUGGGAACAUCAAGGUUAUAACAGUUGUACGGUUAUUUACCCAUUUAUUUAUCCACAUUUACCAGAAGAAUAACACACAGGUUAGGUUUCCAUUGAAGGCUUACUUUCCAAACAGCGAUCGUUUGCUAGUGAUGGCAUUGCUCAGGCAGCCAGUAGGGCUUCAACAAGACGUCUGCCUUGCACACCUGCAAAGUAUUAUUAGAAUGCUAAGCUCUGUGGCCAAAGAGACAAGAUCCCGGGAAAGUGUCUUUGAGUCAUGGUUUUUACUAAUUCAUUUUGGAGACUGGGUGGAUAUAGCAGCAGAAUUGCUGAUGACGUCAGAAUGUGAAGCUUCAGAUGACCUGCUAUGGCUUUUGGCAUUUUACUACAAUCCAUGGAAUGAGAAUCAAGAAACAAGUAGAACAAUGACUGCUUCGAGGAGCGUUUAUGAGCGUUUGUUAGCCCUUCGUAGCAGUGCAGCAGUCUGUGCCUCAAAACUGCAAACACUAUUGGAAGAAGAACAACAAUCUGGUUGCCACCCUUGUACAUUGCAGCUAUAUAGGCAUCUCUUUAUCUUUUUCCUUCUAUUCUCUUCAGAGUGGCACAUAGCUGCCAAAGAGUUCAUAACUCAUAUGACUCAGACUCAGGAAGCUGCCAGGGAAGUUUCUGACAUACUGGCUAGAACUGUAUGGAGACUUAGUAUUCCUGGAAUGAAAAGUGAAAAGUUAAUCACGAUAGUGCAAGAGCUGCUUCAUGCCUUUUAAUUGAAACAGGAAAACAAGGAGCAGUGUGUGUUUCUACAACAAUAUAUACAGUUUAUAGUCUGUGCGGCUGUCCAGAGGAGGAUCGGCAUAUCUUGGCAACCAGCAUUAUCCAUGAACGAUCUCUUCCCCCCCCCCUCACACACGAAAAUGAAGCUAUUUAUUCACAAGAGUCACUCAAGGGAUUAGCUUAUUUAGAAUACAGAUGUCAGGAAAUUGUUGGUGACAUUGGCCAGAGUCUUAUUAAUGAGUGACUUGAAAUGCUCUGUAGCUUCCAGUGCUUGUGAAGUGGGCACCGAAGGAGCGAAAGGCAAGCAGAAGCAAUCACAGAAGACUUGCACCGGGAUCAGCCUGACUGGAGAAGACAAAAUGAAUGUUAAGGAUCAGGCACACCAUAUGGGAAACAAAUUCUUUCUCACGUUUGUACAAAUUGGAGGCAUGCAUUGCUCUCCACACUGAUCCUCACAGCCAACUCACAGGACAAGCAUUUGCAGAAAGCUCUCAGCAGCGAUAAAUACAUUAUUAUUAUUUUAUUAUUAUUACAUUUAUUUUUGUAGAAAUGACAGCGGGGGUCAUUUAUUAACACUGGGCAAAUUUACCCAUGGGCAAUAACCCAUGGCAACCAAUCAAAUUGUUGCAUUUCAUUGCUCUACUUGCAGUUGGCUUUAAAAAGCUAAUCACUAAUUGGUGCUAUGUGUAACUGCCCAUGGGAAAAUUUAUAUAUAACAUAAGGCCUUUAAUGCGCAUUUCAAAAGCCUUUAAAAAUAUUUAGAGUUCUUUAAAUAUAGUCACUUCAGAAGCAAAGUAGGCACUGAAAAAUAAAAUAUUGAAAUCCCUUUAUCCAAAGAAAAAAGUAAGUUAAAAGACCACAAUCCUAUGCUUUUUGGAUUCUGCUAAAAAAUUGUCAUGGUGCUGGUGAGCAAAGCUUAUCCUUUUGUAUGAACUAUUGUUUUGUCUAGGCAUUUUGUCAAGUUAGUGGCCUGUUAAAGGGAAAAAUUAAAGCGUUUAACAGUUUGUACUGUUGCCCUGCACUGGUAAGACUGCUGGGUUUUCAUCAGAAAGACUACUAUAGUUUAUAUAAAUAAACUGCUGUGUUGCCAUGGGGGCAGCCAUUUGGUCAGAAACAUGAGACAA